AUGCCACCAAAUACACCCCUUCUCCUCUAUGGCACUGCCUGGAAAGAGGAUACGACCGCGAAGCUCACAGAGACGGCGCUUGAGAACGGCUUCACCGGCGUGGACACGGCCAAUUAUCCGACCGCCUACAAUGAGCCGUUGACCGGCGAUGGCAUUGCCGCCGCUCUCGGCGCGGGGCUCAAGCGCAGCGACUUGUUUAUCCAAACCAAAUUUACGCCGGUCUGGGCCCACGAGAAGGACAAAAUCCCGUUCAACCCCGACCAGAGCAUUGAGGACCAGGUGAAAGAGUCCAUCAAGCAGAGCCUCGAGCAUCUCAAGGUCGACUACCUCGACGCGCUUUUCCUCCAUAUCUACUUCGAGAACGACGCCGACAACCUCAUCGCUUGGAAGGUCUUUGAGACUUUCGUGCCGCACACCAUUCGCCGCCUUGGCGUUUCCAACUUCAACCUCUCUCAGCUGAGGGAGUUGUACGACGCUGCGACGGUGAAGCCGAGCUUUGUGCAGAACCGGUUCUACAAGGAGACGGGAUUUGACCUUGACGUGAGGGGGUUCUGCGCCGAGCAUGGGAUCACCUACCAGGCAUACUGGAUGCUCAGGCACAACCCAGAGGUCUUGGAGUCUGAGAUCCUUGCGUCUGUGGACGACAAACUGCACGUCAAGAAGGAGCUGGCCUUCUACGUUCUUAUCCUGGGCCUGGGAGGCACGCAGGUGCUCGACGGCACGACAAAGCCGGAGAGGAUGCUGCGUGACGUCAAGACGGUCGCCGAGGUUUUCAGUAACGAGGCACUCUUGGGCGAGCUGCAGCGGGAUAUUGAUGAGUUCCGCAAGUUGCUCGAGAAACUGGCUGGUUGA